AUGCUGCAGGAGCUGCGGGGGCUAUACCUUGAGAAGUGUCUCUGCAGCUGCAGCAACUCAGCCCUGCUCCCCGCUGAUCUUCCGCUGCUGCAGCAGCUGCUGCGGCCGCUCCGGCAUUUGCUGCUCCUGCAUCUGCUGCUGCUGUGGCGGCUGCUGCAGCUGCUGCUCCAGCGGCUGGCGCUGCUUGUGCAGCAGCGGCACGUCUAUGCAGUCGUCGCGCCUGAAGUGUAUGUACACCACAGCGCCCAUGAAGAGGAGAAAAAGGAAGCAGCAGCAAAGCUGCAGCAGCGUCAGCAGCUCAACAGCAGCUUCGGGGGGCCUCCUUUUGCUGGGGCCCCAGAGGCCCUCCAGGGGGCCCCCCAGGGGGGCCCCCAGGGGCCCCAAGGGGCCCUCUGGGGAAGCCAGCCACCCCACAAGGAAGACCCUAGAUGCUUGCAGCAGCCAGCAGCAGCAGCAGCAGCAGCAGCAGGGGCCCCUGUGGGGCCCCUUGGGGUCGACAAGGAGCAGCAGGAGCUGAGGGUGGUUAUGGGUCUUUUUAAAGUUCUGUUUCUUUUGCUGCCUCUUGUUCCUUUUUCUUUGCUGCUUCUGCUGCAGCUGCAGCAGCAGCAAAAGACCGCAGCAGGGCUUUCAGAGAGACUCAAGAAGCAGCGCGAAGAGGAACAGAGACAGAUGGAGACAGUCGAAGAGCUGCAGCGGGAAGUUGACGCAAAGAAAGCUGAGCUGCAGCAGCAGCGGUCUCUCCGCAAAGAGUUGGAGACACUGCGCGCCGAGAACUGCUCUCUGCAGGCGGAGGUGCAUCGACUGCAGCAAGAGCUGCAACAGCAAAAGGCAAAGACAGAAGACUUGCUGCAGUCUCCUCGAGGCAGAGUAGACACCAGCAGCAGCAGCAGCAGCAACCCAUCAGAAUCCACAGAAGAACUCCAAAGAGAACUCGAAAAGGCCAAUAAGGAGCUGAAGCGGCAGCAAACUUGCAACAGCCACAAAGACGAAGUCAUAGAAGGCCUUCGAGAAGCUGUGCGGCUGCUGCAGCAGGAGACUCCGCGCAUGCAGCCCCAGCUGUCCCCGCUGCUGUCUCUGGGGUCCACCAAUGCAGCAGCAGCAGCAGCAGCAGCUGCUGCUGCUGCUACUGGUCCUGGGACGGACCUGGGCGCCGCCACGCCCACCCCCGCAGCAGCAACACCGGCAGCAGCAGCGCCGGCGGCAGCAGCGCCGGCAGCAGCAGCAGCAGCAGCAGCAGCAGCAAGGGGCCCCGACCUCCCCACUCUCAUGCAGCUGAGGGCCCUCGGGGGGCCCCCCAGCCGCCCCCACCACCGCUGGGCAGCAGCAGCAAGCAGCAACUUCCAGCGAAAAGACACAACAAGCAGUCUUGCUGCAGAGCUGGAAGCAGAGGCCCGGGAGCAGCAGCAGCAGCAGCAGCAGCAGCGGCAGCAGCAGCAGCGGGAAGAGGUGAAAGCGCUCCGGGAGGCACUCGAGGAAGCAAAAAAACGGGAAACUGAAUCUGCUCAGGAAACAGAAAAACUUCGCACUGAGCUGCAGCAGCUGAAGCUGCUGCAGCAGCAACUUCAGGAGGCAGCAGCAGCAGCAGCAGCAGCUAAGGAGACGCAGGCAGAAACUGUCAGGGAGCUGCAGCGCGAACGCAAUGCCCUGAUACAACAGCAGCAGCAACAGCAGCAGCAACAGCAGCAGCAACAGCAGCAGCAGCAGCAGCAGCAAGCUGCUGCUGAGGCGCUAGAAAAGAAACAAGAAGCAGAGAGUCUUCGGGCAGAAAUGGAGGAGACAAAAAAGAGAGCCAAAGAGCUCGCAGCAGAACUAGCUGCUGCUGCUGCUGCUCAGCAAUCGCUGCAGCAGCAGCUGGAGACGCAAGCGACUCAGCUGCAGCAGCAGCAGCAGCAACAGCAACAGCUAGAGCAGCAGAAGCUGGAUCUUCAGCGACAGGUAGAAGAGAAACAGCUGCAGGUGCAGCAGGCUGGCCAGCAGCAGGAGCAGCUGCAGCAGCAACUUGAGAAGCUGCAGCAGCAGCAGCAGCAACAAGAGCAGCAGCUUCAGCAGCAGCAACAACAGAACAAAGAACUUCAGCAGCAGGUGGAACGGGAAAAACAGCAGCAGCAGCAGAAGCAUGAACAGCUGACACAGCAGCAGCAGGAGUGGCAGCAGCUAGAAGAGAAACUUCAGCUAGAGCUGCAGCAGCUAAAGCAGCAGCAGGAAGAGCAGCAGCAGCAGCAGCAGACGCAGCAGCAAACCAUAGAGUCUCUUGUGAAACAUCGGGAUGAGCUGGCGCUGCAGAUCGAGCAGCAGCACCAAGAGCAGCAGCGGCUGCAGCAGCAAGUAGAGCAGCAACAGCAGCAUCAGCGCAAUGAGCAGCAGCAGUUUGAGGAGCAACGGCAGCAGCUAGAGGACGAGCAGCAGCAGCUGCAGCAGCAGCUUCAGCAGCAGCUGCAGCAGCUUGAGAGUGAGCAGCAGCAACGCAUGAAACAAAUAGAGCUGCAACAGGAAGCAGAAAGAAACAAGCAGCAGGCCCUUUUGAACGAAAGCCAGCAGCAGCUGCAGCUGCUGAAGCACGAAAAGCAGCAGCUAGCAGCAGAGCUGCAGCAGCUGCGCGAGGAAGCCCAAGGACACCAGCACACUUUGCAGGAGCAGCAGCAGCAGCACCAACAGCAGCAGCAGGAGCUGAUGAGACUGCAGCAGCAAGAAGCUCUAGGAAAGCAGCAGGAGCUGCAGCUGGAGGCGCUGCAGCAGCAACUUGCUGCAGACAAGAGACAGACCCAGGAGACACUCCAGCAGCUGGAGGAGACGCAGCAGCAGCUGCAGCAACAGCAGCAGGAAGCAGAGGCGACAAGACAAGACAGAGACAAGCUGCAGGCUGACCUGCAAGAGGCCCUCGCAGCAGCAGCAGCAGCAGGAGCAGCAAAGGAGAAAGCAGCAGCAGCAAGCCAGAAGCAGGCGGAGAAGCUGCAGCAGAAAGUUCUGCAGCUGCAGCAAGAACUAGAAAAGAAGCAGACACAAGCAGCAGAUCUGGAGAAGUCUCUACAAGACACAGUGCACGCGCUGCAGCAGCAGCAGCAGCAGCAGCAGCAGCAGCAUGAGGCCACAUGCAGGAGCCUUCAUGCUGAAAUAGAAAGCCUGCAGCAGCAGCUAGCGGAGGUACAAGCAGCACAUGCUUCUCCUGAGCAGCAAACGCUGCAGCAGAUUCAAUCGGCCGAAGCAGCUGCAGCAGCUGCAGCAGCAGCAGCAGCAGCAGCAGCAGGAAAAGCUGCAGCAGAAACAGAGGCCCUGCAAGCCAAACUCGAUUUCGCCCUAAAGGCGCUGGAGCAGCAGCGGCAGCAACUGUCGGCAACAGCGCAGCAGCAGCAGCAGCAGCAGCAGCAGAAGCAGCAGCAGCAGCAGGUGGCAGGUGCACCAUCUGUGCAGGAUGGGGAAUUGGCUGCUGCCCCGCAGCAGCCACUUCAGGAGCCGCAGCAGCAGCAGCUGCUGCUGCUGCAGCAUCGGGAGGAACAGCAGGAGCAACGACUGCAGCAGCAGCUGCAGCAGCAGCUGCAGCAGCUGCAGCAGCAGCAGCAAGAACUGCAGCAGGCCCUCGAAAAGGCAGAGCGGCGGGCAGAACUUCAGAAGUUUGCAAGAAAAGAAGCAGAAGCCAAAAUUCAAUCUUUGGAGAAAAAGCUGCUGCAGCGCAAAGAACAGCUGCAGACAAUUUUGGAAAUGAAUGAAGAGACUGCAAUGUCGAGAGAAGAAAUUUUGACAAAAGCUGUAGAAAAACUGCAAAAAAUGGCGCAGAAAAAGCAAAAAGAAGAGCCCUGGGGUGUACGUACACCCCAAAGCCCCACUCCCCCCGGGGCCCCACAGCUUUCUCCUUUGAGCAGCAGGCCUUUGAAAAAAGGGGAGGAAAAUUUGAAAGUUUUUUCGGCGCGAUUUGGACCGCCGAGAAGAAGCACGCGACAAGUGGCUUUGUACCGCCCUGUGGCGCUGAACAUCCGCGACUUGGCGCCUGCAGCAGCAGCAGCAACUCACCGGGGCUACAGCCGCAGCAGCAGCAGCAUCAGCAGCAGCAGCAGCAGCACAGUUGGAGGGGACCUUCUAGACAUGCUGCCUUCUUUGCCGAAUCCCUUGUCUUUGGUGAAGCAAAUAAAAGAGGGCUUCAUGCGGCAGACAUCAGCAGCAGCAGCAGCAGCAGCAGAACCAGAUGCUGCUGCUGCUCCCCAGAGGCAGCAGCAGCCCGUCACCCCCUCCUCCAGCGACAGCGACAGGCCCACAACCCGCCCCAGCUCUGCUGCUGCUGCUGCUGCUGCUGCGUCUCGGCAGCAGCAAAGAGAGAGAAGGAGCAGCAGCAGAAGAAGCAGCAGCGCAGCAGCAGACAGGUGGCAGCCAACCCUCAGCUCCACAGACUCUUCAGAAGCAGCAGGUUCACCCCACAACUCGAUCCCAGAUGCAGACACGAUCCCAGACACUGACACGAUCCCAGCAGCGCACACGAUCCCCGCUGCUGCUGCCAGCCCCACAGGCACCGGGCCCGGCCCCCCUCCCCUGCAGCAGCAGCGGCAGCAGCAACAGCAGCAGCAGCGGGAGAGCAGCAGCAGACCCCAAAGGGUCACCCGGGGGGGCCCUGGAAACCGCUAUAUUGACGUGGAGGAGCGGCGGUUUGUGGCUUACUACCGCAGGGCCCCCAGCAGCAACAGCAGCAGCAACAGCAGCAGCAGCAACAGCAGCAGCAGCAGCAGCAGCAGCAGCAAAAAGGGUUUUUAG